AUGAGCCCUAUCGCCCUGCAAGCACUACGGAAUUGCGUCGCACAUAUCAAACGGGGCAUUAACUUUCGCGCCAUUCGCCACGGCGAGGUGUUUAAGGCUGGCGUUUGCACCGAGCCCCAUUCAUCACGGGCUACCUCAAGACGUGAGUCCUUUCAUCUUAGCACCGGAGUCGUGCGCCGCAAAGAGAUACAAUUUAUUAUAGACGCUAUCAAACGGACCGUUGAUAAUUCGACGCCCGUACGUAUUACGCUACGUACGGCGGGCGACGUAAGUGCUGUCGCGGGUGUGCGGCCCGUGUUCGACACAGCGGCGGAUACGCCGGCCCUCGGUGUCGGCGAG